AUGCACCGAGCACCCAAAAAGGGAGUGAAAGUGGCUACCAAGAAGAAGCCGGAGAGAGUUACGAAUCCUCUGUUUGAGAGAAGGCCAAAGCAAUUCGGUAUCGGUGGAGCUUUGCCUCCAAAGAAGGAUCUUACUCGUUACAUCAAAUGGCCAAAAUCAAUCCGUCUUCAAAGACAGAAGCGUAUCCUUAAGCAGAGGUUGAAGGUUCCUCCAGCUCUUAACCAAUUCACCAAGACUCUUGAUAAGAACCUUGCAACCAAUCUCUUCAAGAUUCUCUUGAAGUAUAGGCCAGAGGACAAAGCCGCAAAGAAAGACCGUCUUUUGAAGAAGGCUCAGGCUGAGGCUGAGGGAAAGCCUUCUGAAUCGAAGAAGCCUAUUAAUGUGAAGUAUGGACUUAACCACGUGACUUACCUCAUCGAGCAGAACAAGGCACAGCUUGUGGUGAUUGCACACGAUGUCGACCCAAUCGAGUUGGUGGUCUGGUUACCUGCACUCUGCAGGAAAAUGGAAGUCCCUUACUGCAUUGUGAAGGGAAAAUCUCGUCUUGGAGCGCUCGUUCACCAGAAGACUGCUGCUUGUUUGUGUUUGACCACUGUGAAGAGCGAGGACAAGAUGGAGUUCAGCAAAAUCCUUGAAGCCAUCAAGGCCAACUUCAACGACAAGUACGAGGAGUACAGGAAGAAGUGGGGAGGAGGCAUAAUGGGAUCAAAGUCUCAAGCCAAGACCAAAGCUAAGGAGAGAGAAUACAUAAGAAACUCGAGAGGAAUUGAGUUGUUCGCUUGCAGAUGGAUUCCAUCUUCUUCUUCUCCUCCCCGAGCUCUCGUCUUCCUCUGUCAUGGCUAUGCAAUGGAGUGCAGUGGCUUCAUGAGAGAAUGCGGUAUACGAAUGGCAUCAGCAGGAUAUGCGGUGUUUGGGAUGGAUUACGAAGGACAUGGUCGGUCCAAAGGUGCUCGUUGUUACAUCAAGAAGUUCAGUAACUUAGUAAACGAUUGCUACGACUAUUACACAUCCAUCUCUGCGCGAGAAGAAUACAGAGAGAAAGCAAGAUUCUUGUAUGGAGAAUCCAUGGGAGGUGCAGUUUCUUUGUUACUUCACAAGAAAGAUCCUUCUUUCUGGAACGGUGCCAUUCUCGUUGCUCCAAUGUGUAAGAUAUCAGAGAAGGUGAAACCACAUCCAGUAGUCAUAAAUCUACUAACCAGAGUCGAAGAGAUCAUACCAAAAUGGAAGAUUGUUCCAACAAAAGAUGUCAUUGACGCAGCUUUCAAAGAUCCGGUCAAGCGCGAAGAGAUAAGGAACAACAAGCUGAUAUAUCAAGACAAGCCAAGACUAAAAACCGCACUUGAAAUGCUUCGAACGAGCAUGAACCUCGAAGAAACACUCCACGAGAUCACAUUACCGUUCUUUGUCCUCCACGGUGAAGCAGACACAGUGACUGAUCCAGAGAUAAGCAAAGCUCUGUUCGAGAAAGCAAGCACACGUGACAAAACCAUCAAGCUAUAUCCAGGCAUGUGGCAUGGUUUGACUUCUGGUGAGCCUGAUGCUAACGUUGACCUUGUCUUUGCUGACAUCAUCACUUGGCUUGAUGACCGUACUGGCGACUCUGCUUCUCUCACCGUUACUCCGGCCCGGGGUUUAACGGCUAAUGUUCAAAAGGUCGUUGACGGCGUUAGUAACGGUCAACAGAAACCUAAACGGUCACAUGCUAGUCUUCUUUGUGGAUUAGACGGUGGUGGACGCCGUUUAGUACAUCGAUCUUCUAUUAGGCCAAUGGAAGAGGAUACCAACCAGGGAAAGACGGAGGAGGAGGAAUUCAACACCGGUCCACUCUCGGUUCUGAUGAUGAGUGUUAAGAAUAACACGCAGGUGUUGAUCAAUUGCCGCAACAACAGGAAACUCCUUGGCCGAGUAAGGGCGUUUGACAGGCAUUGCAACAUGGUUCUGGAAAAUGUCAGAGAAAUGUGGACUGAGGUCCCGAAAACCGGAAAAGGAAAGAAGAAAGCUCUUCCGGUCAACAGAGAUCGUUUCAUCAGCAAGAUGUUUCUUCGUGGAGACUCUGUGAUUAUCGUCCUCAGGAAUCCCAAGUGA